AUACCUUUUUGAAAUUAUCAUUUAUGGCUGAAGUGUUUUUUCGCGUUUAAUACGAAACUAUGACUGUGUCAUAUGGGAAGAUGGCGGAUUUUCUAAGUGACGAAGACAUUGCAAGGAAGCUUCAAGCAAAAUUUGAUAAAGAGGAAUCGCUGAGAAUAGAUUCAGAAGAAAGAGAUAGGACUCUUGCCAUGGCCUAUGCAAAGAUUCACAGUAUAUCAGAUUCUGAUUCUGAUGCCACAAUAGAUCCAGAUGAUUUGGUGAGAGACAAUUCACCAGACCUGUUUGCUGACGAAGAAAAUUGUUCCAAAAAAGACAAGCCAUCAUGCAGGAGCUGCACAGACGAGCAGAUAUUCAGACAUGCAGGCAGCAGGUCUGUCACAUCACUUCAGAAAAGAGUGAGCAAGACUCAUGAAAUAUCAGACAGUGAUUCUGAUGAAGAUGUAAGAAAGAAAAUACAAGUAAACAGAGAUAAAACUUCAAGAACAUUAGCACCCUCUCCCACACUGAAAAAGAGAAAAAUUGAACAUGAUCAGUCUUCCGCUCACAAAAAGAGAAAAAGUCUCUGUGAUUCUGAAAGCAUGGAAAGUGAAAAGAAUUACAGUAUAUUUUCCAAAUAUAAGAGUUCACCCUCAAAGAACAUGAAGACAGAAAAAUCACAGUCACUCACAUCUAAGCUGGACAGUCCGAAGACAUCAGGUCUAUCCCCCAGUAUUAAGAAAGUGCCAAGUGUAACUCAUGCUUUGUCGGAGAGUGACUCUGAUACUGAAAUGAAUGGAGUGAUGAGUGCGUCAAAAGCAAAAUCCGUCCUGAGUUGUUCUUCUAGCCCAUCAUUUAAAAGAUCUAGUUCACUUACAUCAGACAAAGAUUUGUUGUCACUUGAUGAGAAGCCUUUGUGUAAAUAUGGGAAGGAGUGUUUCAGAAAGAAUCCAUCUCAUGUGGCUGAAUUCCGCCAUUCAGAUGUGGAUACCAGCAAUGAUAAAACAACCCAUAUCUCAAAGAAACUUUCUGGUGUGAACACUAAGAAGAGUGGCCUUGACAUCUUUAAAGAAAACCAACCGCUGAGUUUCUACAUGACCAAGGUUACAGGCAUUGAUGCUGUUUACAAUGAAUAUGGAUCUAUCAAUAUAAAAGAUAUCUUGUCACCAAGCAUGGGAAAUUUAGAAGCCUCUUGUCAGUUCAACUUUAUGUUUGAAGUGGAUUGGAUUAUAAGCCAGUACCCUGCUGAAUUUAGGAAGAAGCCCUUGACCCUUGUGCAUGGAGAACAGAGAGGAGGUCUGGCCACUCUGUUGGCAGAGACAGCUCCGUACCCCAACAUCACCUGCUGCCAGGCCAAACUGGAUAUAAUGUAUGGCACACAUCACACGAAGAUGAUGUUGCUCCUAUAUGACAAGGGGUUGCGGGUUGUCAUCCACACGGCCAACCUCAUAGAGCGGGACUGGUACCAGAAGAGUCAGGGAGUCUGGGUGAGCCCUGUGUUUCCUAAAAUGCCAGCUGACCAGGUUACAGCUGAUGACAAGGUUCAUGGUGACUCAGCCACUCACUUUAAGCAGGAUUUGCUGCAAUACAUUGCUGCAUACCGAGCCCACAAACUGACAGUGUGGGAGAAGCACAUCAAAGCUCAUGACAUGUCAGCAGCAAAGGUUCAUAUAAUUGGGUCCGUGCCAGGACGCCAUACUGGAGAUCAGAAGAGUUGCUGGGGCCACAUGAAACUCAGAAGGGUUCUUCAGAAACAAGGUCCUGAUGCUAGUCGUGUGAAGUCUUGGCCAGUGAUUGGUCAGUUCUCCAGUAUUGGUUCCCUGGGUCCAACAGCAGAGUCCUGGGUGUGUAACGAGUGGCUGCAGUCGCUGUCUACAACACGAGGGAUGUCUGUCACAUCUAAAGCCAAUAUGACACUGGUGUUCCCAUCAGUGGACAAUGUGCGUGUAAGCCUGGAGGGGUAUCCCGCUGGCACGUCUGUACCGUACACCAUGAAGACAGCCCAGAAACAGAAGUACAUACACCAGCACUUCAGACAGUGGAAGUCUGAGGGGCGCGGUAGAAGUCGAGCAUGUCCCCAUAUCAAGACAUAUGUUCGUCCUUCACCUGACAGUACUGAAAUAUCCUGGUUUCUCGUUACAAGUGCCAAUUUGUCCAAGGCAGCAUGGGGUGCCUUUGAAAAGAACGGCAGCCAGCUGAUGAUCAGGUCCUAUGAAAUAGGUGUACUCUUCCUUCCUGCACAUUUUGGUUGUGAGACACUGCCAGCAACAAGUGAUGCACAGGAGGCAGUUGCACGAAGUGAUGAGGUCGUGUUGCCUCUGCCGUAUGACCUGCCCCUCACUCCAUAUGUCAAAGGAGACGUAUGGAUGAUGGACGUGCCAUGUGUCCGUGCUCCAGACACUAACGGAAACAUGUGGUGUCCUCCACUGUAGACAACUCCAGAUGCUGAACCUUCUGUAGUCAUCCUUUUCCAUCUACGAAUGACCACCUAUGUUGAUUCUUCUGUGGUCAUCAUGCUCCUGAACCAAGUGACAGCUUCUGUUAAGUCAUCUGCUGUCAUCAUGCUCCAGUAAUGAAUGAAAGCAUGAGUUAACCCUUCUACAGUUAUCAUGCUUCAGGAAUGAAUGACACUCAGCUACAGACACACAUGUCAAUAUAUAUCUUCCACAAUGGGUCUGAUAGGAAAUGGCCUCUUCAGGGUUUGUGAAAAAGGCCAGCUAAAGACACUAUUGACAACGUUGUAUAACCCUUGCUGUAGUGAUGGCCACUGUGAUAUGAACUUUUAGUCUAUGGACAUGAAAAGACGAAGCUGCGAUUAAUUUGUUUACCAGCUAUACAAUGUGUAAAUGCAUUUUUUGGGGGAAAAGGAAAAAAAUCGAAGACAAAAUGACGAAAGGUUAAUCUAUUGUACAGUCUCAAAUUGUCGAUGCUUUAAUUUUCACAUGUACAUAUGUCAGUGUAUAUGUAUGCAUGGUCAGUGUAUACAGACUUAGAGAUCUUAUCACUAGUUUGGCAGUUGUGUAUGUUUUCAGUGAGAUACAAAAAUCAUUUGUGUAUUAACUGAUGCAGAAUCUAAACUAAGUAUUAUUGUGCAAUACAAUUUUAUUGUGAAGGAAUGCUGUACAUUUCCAAGCGUUUUAUGUCUGCCAAGUAAGGAUUAUUUUUAUGAAGAUUAUUUUAAUUGUGUUUACAUAAGUUUAAGUGACAUGUCAAAUAACACAAGAAGAUUUACACACAUGUAUGUAGUCCCAAUCAACAUCUAACAGAACAUCUUUCUUAAAAAUUUCCUUUGUCAAGACAUAUUGGAUUUAACAUUUGAUGGUUGCAUAUGAACUUCUGUCUUUUCUGCACA